AUGGAAAGAACCAAGUAUUAAUAAAACUAAGGAAAAGAGGAGGAUGUUGAUGAUUUUGGGGUGAUUCAAAAUCAAUUCGAUGAAGAUGACGACAUAGAUGAGGAAAUGGAAGACUAGUCGUUUGAUAAUGUUCCAGUCUAAACUCACCAGCCAGUGCAUAAUAAACCAGGUAGACCUAGAAAAAACUCUAGAGAUCGUGCAGGAUCUUUAGAUGACGACCAAUAGAGUGAAGGUAGUGAUGGAGAGUUUAAUGAGUACAUAUUCGAUCAUGGAUAGCCUAGUGAAUAUAACAAAUUCUCAAAUAAAGAUAGAAUUAAUAAUGUGUUUUAAGGUAUGGAUGACUAAUAAAAAGAGAGAUUUGAGAUAUUCAGGUAGUCUAACUUUGAUGAGAAGAAAGUUAAAAAGAUAUUAUCAUCUAUUCUUGGAACAACAGGUAAAAUGCAGAAGAAUAUCUCAGUAAUCAUAAAAUCAGUGGCUAAAAUUUACAUUGGCUAAUUAGUUGAAGAAAGCAAAACAAUUUAGAUCGAGGAAUUAGAAGCACAAGGAGCUGAUGUCUCCCAUGUAGUAGAGCUUGGACCAAUUAUGCCUCAUCAUCUUACUGAAGCCAGAAGAAGAUUGAUUGCCAGAGGUGAACUCAUCCCUGAAAAGCCUAAGGCCAUGUUCAAAAGAAGAUGA